AAGACGCUAUUGUAAUUGUGCUUUACUAGUUUCAUGUGAUAGAAUCUCUAGUGUCCAGAUUAUGAGAAGUACAAGUUCCACUCUAUUUUGCUUUGAUCAGACUUCACCUGAACAGUGUCCAGUUCUGGGCACCACAGUUCAAGAAGGGUACUGACAAGCUGGAAAAUGUCCAGACAGGAGGGACAAAGAUUAUCAAUGGUCUGGAAACCUAGCCUUAUGAAGAACAACUGAGGGAGUUAGUUAUGCUUAGUCGGGAGAAGAAAAGACAGUGACAUAAUAGCCAUCUUUUAAUAUCUGAAAUGAAGUCAUAUGGAAGAUGGAGCUAGAUUGUUUUUUGCAGCUCCAGAGACUAGAACACUAAUUGGUGGAUUCAAAUAACAAGAAAAGAGAUUUAACCUAAACAUUAGAAAUUCCUUUAUUUCUUUUAACUUCUCUGUUUUCUGCUACAAGGAAGAAGACUUUCCGGCUGCAAUGAAAACAGGUGUCCUCCAGAGGUUCAAAGGACUGUGUUGCAUUCUGUGGCUAUCACUGUGCUUUCUUGGUGAAUUGGAAGGUGGCAGAAAGGCUUCAAUACGAAAAAAGAAAUACAAAAUCAAUGUGAGCUUUGAUCCUCAAACUGCACAUCCAAAUCUCCUUGUAUCUCCAGACAGGAAGACUGUGACAUGGGUACCUAAACCCCAAGAUGUGCCUGACAAUCCAGAGAGAUUCAACAGUACUCGGUGUUUGCUGGGUUUUCCAAGAUUUAGUUCAGGGAAAUAUUACUGGGAAGUGGAAUAUGCAAACCAGAAGGAAUGGGCUGUCGGGGUGGCCAGGGAGUCUGUGGAGAGGAAGAGGUAUCUCAGGCUGACUGCUGAGGAAGGGAUUUGGCAGAAGGGUCUCUGGUGGCUUUGGCGAAGGGGAACUCAUUCCCGUCGACGUCCCAACCACUCUAGAAAGAUUGGGGUAUUUCUGGAUUAUGAAAGGGGGAAGGUAACUUUUUACAUGAAGAAUAAGGCCAUGGUAAUCAAUACCUCUUUUAAUAGGGAAAUAGUUCGGCCUUUCUUCUAUGUGGGGGCAACUGUUUCACUCACCCUGUGAAGGGGUGGCCUGCAGCUGCCUCCGUCUUCGCCAGAUCGGGGCUGCAGGAAAUGCAUGCCCUGGCCCUGAUUUGGCUUUUCCAUGGCCCAAAAAGGAGCUGCAAAAAGCAGCUUCUUUUUGCGCCCUGGAAAGGAUGCCCUAGCCACUGGCGCUGCAGCUUUAUGGCACUCCUUUGGUGCUGCCAGCACUGCAAUUGACUUAGUCCUGAAUGGCAAGUUUACACUGGUAUCAAGUUUCAGUUUGUGUUCUAUUUUUUCAGUAUAAAAAGAAAAGAAGUUAUGUGGCACUUUUAGAGUAACAUAUUCUGCAUAAAGUAAAACAGUGCUCAGUAUUUACAAGGAAGUUUUUACCAUAUAGAGAGCCAGAAACAUCCAAGCUGGAUUCGGAAAAGGAAAUCAUAUUGCAAAUAUAUGUUAGCUAAUGAAAUGAAUAAAAAAAAUUCAGAAGAAAACCACAGUGUGCCUUAUAGUAUAGCAAAGACUUGGAUGGUGUAGAUCAUUUCAAAAACACCUAUGUCUACAAUAAAUGGGGGUGGCAUAACUCAACUGUAUUGAUGAUACACUAUAGGAAGAGAAUCAAGUUGAAGUUGUUGCUGAAGGAGAUAUAUUCUUUUUUCCUUUUCUUGAAUUUUGAAGUUAAAUUUGAGUAGCAUAUUUUACUGGAUUGUCUGUAUU